AUGCAAUUAGCCUCUCUGGGCUUCGAAGCCGUUUUCGACUCACCACUUAGAGUCGUCUUCUUAACCUGCUUCGCGCUGAUGGAGUAUCAUGGAAAGUUCGUUCGUCUAGUUGAUGGCAUGAAUCAAUGCAUCAUCAUCAGUCUGCUUCUUGACCGAUCUCGAGUCGCCGACGAUGUUGUUAUUUUCGCGAAAAGCAGCACGAAACUUCAACAUGUUGUCAACCUUGCAUCGAAACUGGCUGUAACCUGUGAACUACGCCCUGAUAAAUGCAAGAAGAUGUCGAACGGAAUUCUGGGUGGACGUAGUGCCGAUCGAGCUCGUCGACGAGUUCUGUUAUCUGGGCUGUGUGUGGUGUAUGUGAUGGGUGUGGUAUAUGUGUGUGUGUGGUGUGUGAAACGAAGUUCCAAAAAGGAGCUGCGACGGACCCAACGGCGUCGAACUGUUGUGCCGUGGUGCAGUGGCAUCGCGCAGUACUUUUGUGUGCAUCUUGCGAAAGUUCAAUGA